AGCAUAUCAAAGUAGAAAACGCAAAAAACGAAGCGCAGCGGCAUAAAAUUGUAUUGUUAGCAAAAGAAGCGAGAAAAAAGAAAAUUAUUGCAAAGUCUUGACAAAAUUGUAAAAUAAAUCUCAAAAAGAUAAAAUAAAUAGAAAGUAAUAUAAAAUAAACAUAUUUAAACACAAUGCCUAUACAGUUGGAUAAAAUUUUAGGCGAUAUAGCCAAUGAAAAAGUAUUGCAUCCCAACUAUCAGGGCGCCACAAAAAAAGAAAUUGAUGACGCCUGGACUAGAGUGGGAAAAAACAGUAAUUUAUCUGUGCAUGAAUCUCGUUCCAUAUUCAAAGUGUUGCAGAAAAAGUAUGAACAAGAGAAAUUGAAAGAUUCCUCGGCCUGGAAGUUGUUUGGUCUAAUGGAUCAAAUACACAAAAAAGUAGAGCCGAAAGUUGAUGAAAAAGAAGAUGAGCCCAAUGCACCGAUGGAAGAAGACGAGGAGUACGAAAUGCUGGAGGUGCAAGAAGAUGAAGAUAAUGGACAAGCGGGUCAUUCAGGUGAGUCUGCCUCAGAAGGUGAAAGUCCAGCAAAAUCAAAUUGUUCUACUGCAUCGCCAGAAAAAGAAGAUAAACCUGUUGCAAAAACCCUUAACCGUCAGCAGACUACUCCUACCAGUAAUGCUCAUCAUCAGCAGCAAGCCGAUAAAACGCCCUCCACAAAAUUGUUGAAUACUUUAGCAGCUGCUGCCAAUACCCCUAAAAGUAAUACGAAUAUGGCUACGCCACAGACACCCUCAGCCACUGCAGCUGCCUUGCAAAAGAAAGGCAUCACCAUGAAAAAGACAACAGGCAAUCAACAGGGUCGUUCAUUAAUAAAUCAAAAUCUUAAACAACAACAAGCUAAAAUAACUGGACGUACCGCUGCUAAUGCUGGUGCCAUGCAUGGUUUAGAAGUUGGAAAAACUAUACAAUUGCCCGAUUCAUUGAAACGUAAAUUAUCAGAAGACCAACCUUCGACACCACAAACAAAGAGAGCAAAUCAACAGAGUACACCACAAUCAUCGUCGAACAGUGCUUCACCUUCAGCUAAAUCAGCUUCGCCACACCGACAACAGCACACCACCACAGCUCAACUUUUGCAACUUAAACAAGAUCGCAAUGAUCAGCAGCAAUCUACAAAUGUCACAAAUGCCACCAACACCUCGGGCAUUAAUCUUAUCACCAUACCAGCUAAUCCCACGGCUACCGGCCUAGUUAAUGGUCUCAUUUCCUCGGGUGGAGGUGGCCCCUCAUCAUCAACCGCUGCCACAGUAGCUUCGACUGCUUCUACUAAUGGGUUUUCACCUCGUAUUGAAGAGAUAGAUUUUCGCAAUGAUAUUAUAUUUGAUGCCAAUAGUGGUGUCAACGGCACUGCCCUAGCUGGCAAGGUUGCCAAUUCUUCAGAGAUAAUCAAUCUGGGCAAUUUCGAUAAUUCUUUGCCGCCCACAUUCUUUAAAAAUCUUUGCAAUUCUUCACGUCAUGAAGCUUUGGGUUUGUAUGUUGCAAACGUAAUGAAUCGUUUACGCCCUCGUUCGGCGGCCAAAUUAGAAGUUGGUAUUCUAAGAGCUAUUUUAGAUAUACAGAGCGAAGAAUUGGAACAGUAGUUUGCUUCUUAAGAGUAACCCUAGUAAUAGUUCAGUAAUUAUACGAAACAUUUUAAAAACUUGCAACAACACUUUAUCCGUAUUAGUUUUCUAUUCAACAAAAUUUUGUCCGCUUUUUUUAUUUUUGUGUUUAUGUUUUAAUACUUAUAAUUCCAUUUUAUUUAAAUUAUUUUCAAAAGUUAAUUAACCUUAUAACGGUAAAAAUUAAUAAAAAAAAACAAAAAAGUUAUACAAAACCAUUUAGUUAUUAAGCUAAAAGUUUUUUUUUAAUAAAAAUUUUUCUGACUUGAUUGGAUUUCAAUGAUUAA